CAUUUUAGCGGAGGACAGGUCUCCACGUUAGCUCAGCUGGCUAACGUCGGUCAGCAGAAUCCCGUCGACUCUUCUGUAUGUCCGCCUCGAGAGCACCGGCGCGUACCGACACCUUGUGUUGUCACGCAGGUGCGGUUGUUUUAGGUUCCGGCAUCCACAGUGGCUGCAUUUGCUGCCCUCUACAGGAAAACCUUAAAUCCUCUUAAUCAGCCCCGAUCCUCUCAGGAACAUCUUAACAGUUGUUACUCCGGACGUUUUUUUGGGAACACCAGCCGGUCAUUGUCAUAUGCACAUCCGCUUCCGGUUACAGCUCAUUUCCCAUAUUCAUCGCUGUUUUCCUCCCCUGAGCGUUAAUUUGAGUCAUUUCCAAGCCCUUUGCACCGGGAAACUGUACGCAGGCUGCAGCCAUGAGGGUGCUCCUUCUCUUCGCAGUGACGGUGCUGUCGCUGAGCCCGGCAGUGGUGAGUGGAGCCGAGAAGAAGAAGCUGCAGAUUGGCAUCAAGAAGCGGGUGGACAACUGUCCCAUCAAGUCGCGCAAAGGGGACGUGCUGAACAUGCACUACACGGGCAAGCUGGAGGACGGCACCGAAUUUGACAGCAGCAUUCCCCGCGACAGGCCGUUCACCUUCACCCUGGGCACCGGCCAGGUGAUCAAAGGCUGGGACCAGGGCCUGCUGGGCAUGUGCGAGGGCGAGAAGAGGAAGCUGGUCAUCCCCGCCGAGCUGGGCUACGGAGACCGGGGGGCGCCCCCCAAGAUCCCCGGAGGAGCGACGCUCAUCUUCGAAGUGGAGUUGCUGAGCAUCGAGAGGAGAUCCGAGCUCUGAUGAAGAGUUUAUUUUGUUUCCUGGAGGUGCAGCAGAAUUAAAUAAAGAUCAUCUGACCUAACAAAGACAACAUGAGAAACCUGGGAGCAGAGUUGACUCCAGCAACGGAGCUACUGUCUGCCUGUUAAUGGCUCGUGUUCUGGUUUAUCGGACUGAAGUAAUAAUGAUACAAGAACUGACUGUGUAUCACUGUAGUAGAACUGCACAGUCAGCUGAUAGUUUAGACCAUAAUUUAUCCAGAGCCUGAUCAUAAUGUUCACAACGUCACAGUUUCAUCACACUUUUGUUUGUCUUAGUCGUUCGACAGCUUCAUUAAUAUCUGCAGAUACUUUUUUUAUAAAAUGCUUCAGGUUCAUAAUUUAGUCAGGAGUCAAGCAGGUGGUUGAUAAGUAUACAUGUUUUUGUUAACUGUAUUUGAUUUCUCAUAAUAAAAAAAAUGACCCCAUGGAAA